GUUACUCUGCACUGCAGACGCGAGCACGAGCAAUGCGUGUAACUUCUCUCGUAGCAUACUCGUGCAAUUUAGCGCCCGUUGCAGUACCCACGAGAAUGCUGGGAAUGUAGCGCACGUGCUGGCGUAAGACCUAAAACAAAAGGCAUCUUGUACAAGCUCGCCUCAUUAUAAUUUUUUUUUUCUUUGAAUACGAGGAAUGUUAGCGCGUGCGGCGUGUAGACCUACAUUCCCAGCAUUCUCUUUGAUGCCUUGUCGUCGCGAGUCUGCCUUCCGAGUGCCUGCGAAGCUGUUCCAGCAUAUCGUACGCAGCAUCGUAACCACAGAUCGCAGCCAACCGGCCAAGCUUGCCAAUCGUCGCGACUUGAAGGCCCUCAUCUCGCGCAGCGCCCGUUGCAAGUGCAGGUUACCUUCUGCAGCAGUAUGACAGGUGGCACUACCUGCUGUGUGCCAGGCUGUCACAACAACACUAGCCGCAGUAGGCAUGUGUCCUGGCACCGCUUUCCCAAGAACAAUCAGCUGCGAAACGUUUGGGUCAAGAGAAUCGACAGAAAAGGCACCACUGGAAAGCAGUCAUUAUGGACGCCGACUCCUAACAGCAGAAUAUGCGGUGCCCACUUCAGCGAAACUGGACGAAAAAAGUACAUGGACAAAGCCCCCCGGUUUUUCGGAACCAGGACACUUCCUAAGUACGUUGCAGCACACCCAAGUGCAUCUUACACAGGGCAGCACCACAUGCAACUACCACAGCUAUUGGAGCUGCAGGUGUGCUCUCUUUCAAAUCUCGACCUUGGACAGACAAUGACCCGCCCCGCUACCCAGGAGCCUGUACAGCCUGGCUGCCCUUUGAUCGACGAUGGUGCCCCCGACGCCGGGGACGUCGCGUCUAAUGAGCCAGAUUACUAUGAGGAAUACCGGGAACCUGACAGCCCAGUGCCGCCUCUUACGAAAGAGUACACGGAUGUGACAAGGGUUACAUUUCACUUGGGUACAGAGUCGGGGGUUUUCGAAGAGAACCGGCUACGCAACUUCGCAGCAGUGGCCGUUAAGACUGGUCUGUUUCAGCCACAAGAUCCGAGGGAAGUCGGCGCCGAGGUGGUUUCUGCUGGGACAGGCACAUAGCUGUGCUAUUUAUCUCGCAGUUUAGGGUCUCUGUUGGCCAUGAGAUUUGGCCAUCACGUGCACUGCAGUGAAGAGAGCACCUGUAUGCACCAUUUUACGCUAACUUGAAGCACGGUAUAGUUUGCAAGUAAUAUAUUGUAUAUAAAUAAAUCUUUUCAGAAAUUCA